UUUCUUUCUAUCGCCUGAGCCACAUAUAUUAUUGUUCUAACUUAUUUCAUUUCUCAAUCUUCAAUUCUCUGACUUGAAUUUUUUUGAAAUUUUUGUUAUACUAUGGCGCUUAAUUCUCUUUGUCCGGCUGAAAUUAAGUCUAUUUCGUUCUUGGACUCCACCAAAUCCACCCAGCUUCCCAAGCUUCCAGGUAGUUUUUGUUUGAAAAGGAAGGAUUUUGGAACAAGGAAGUUGCAGUGUUCAGCUCAGUCUUCAGCACCACCACCAGCAUGGCCAGGGAGAGCAGAGGUGGAGCCAGGCCGUAAAACAUGGGAUGGUCCUAAGCCUAUUUCAAUUGUUGGUUCAACUGGCUCUAUUGGUACUCAGACAUUAGAUAUUGUGGCCGAGAAUCCUGAUAAAUUUAAAGUUGUAGCACUUGCUGCUGGUUCAAAUGUUACCCUUCUUGCUGACCAGGUUAAAACUUUUAAGCCUCAGCUUGUUUCGGUUAGGAAUGAGUCAUUAAUUGGUGAGCUUAAAGAGGCUUUGGCUGAUCUUGAUUAUAAGCCUGAGAUUAUUCCCGGAGAGCAAGGAGUUAUUGAGGUCGCACGUCAUCCAGAUGCUGUUAGUGUAGUUACCGGAAUAGUGGGUUGUGCAGGCUUGAAGCCUACUGUUGCUGCAAUUGAAGCUGGAAAGGACAUAUGCUUGGCCAAUAAAGAGACUUUAAUUGCUGGAGGUCCUUUCGUCCUCCCUCUUGCUCACAAAUAUGGAGUAAAAAUUCUUCCAGCUGAUUCAGAACAUUCGGCCAUAUUUCAGUGUAUCCAGGGGCUGCCAGAUGGUGCAUUACGGCGCAUUAUUUUAACUGCUUCCGGUGGGGCUUUCAGGGAUUGGCCUGUUGAGAAAUUGAAAGAUGUUAAAGUAGCUGAUGCUUUAAAGCAUCCCAACUGGAGUAUGGGGAAAAAGAUUACUGUGGACUCUGCUACCCUCUUCAAUAAGGGUCUAGAAGUUAUUGAAGCCCAUUAUCUGUUUGGAGCUGACUACGAUAACAUUGAUAUAGUAAUUCAUCCUCAGUCAAUAAUUCAUUCAAUGAUCGAAACACAGGAUUCAUCUGUUCUUGCACAGUUGGGGUGGCCUGAUAUGCGAAUUCCAAUUCUGUACACUAUGUCAUGGCCCGACAGAAUUUACUGCUCUGAAAUAACCUGGCCUCGCCUAGACCUUUGCAAGCUUGGUUCUCUAACAUUUAAAGCUCCUGACAAUGUAAAAUACCCAUCUAUGGAUCUUGCCUAUUCUGCUGGACGGGCUGGAGGCACCAUGACAGGAGUCCUCAGCGCUGCUAAUGAAAAAGCCGUAGAGAUGUUUAUCGAUGAAAAAAUCAGCUACCUUGAUAUUUUCAAGAUUGUGGAGCUAACAUGCGCUAAACAUCGGGAGGAGUUGGUGACCGCACCCUCCCUUGAGGAAAUUAUACAUUACGACUUGUGGGCGCGAGACUACGCUGCUACUUUACAACAUUCCUCAGGUCGAAGCCCAGUUCUAGCAUGAUCGACAACUUGACCAUGCCGUAGCUGUAGUUCACAGUCCGGGGGUUAAUUUUGUACUUUUUUUUAAUGCCCGUCUUACUGGGUUUUCUGGGAGGAAUAUUGGACUGUUGUAUCAAAAAAAAAGCUUCAGGAUAGGUGACCAAAAUGUAUGAGUUCCCUUUUUUCAUGCAUAAUGAUUACUUGCUCUUGAAGAAAGUUGGAAGUUAAUUUAAUUCUGAGCCAUAGAAGGGGAUGAGUCAAUUUAGGGGCAGGAAGGAAAAUGAAAUUGCAUUCUGUAACCAAAGAAAUAAAAAUUCAUUUGCUUUCA